AUGGUAUUUCCAUCAAAAGAAGACGUAAAUUCCUCAGUUUCAUCUUUGGACAGUGAUUUUAACGUUAAUGAAAGACGAAUUUUGGAUCUUGGAAAGCAAUUGCUUAAACACCGAUUUUUCAUAGGUACGUUACAUGAAAAGUACCGUGUCGAAAAAAUUAACGCCUAUAGAGAUGUUAUAUCAAUUGACGAUAACGAACGUCAUUUAAUUGAACAAUUACGUGAUUAUUUGGCACACAUAAUAAGAUUUUAUUCACAAGAAAAUUGGUGGGUAGGGAUUACAGCUCCAGGAAAAAAUAGUUUACCUAAUGCUUAUUGUUUAUGGGUUGACUUACCAUCUGGUAAUGUGUUAGGGAGAUAUUGGUUCAAAAUUCGCAGUGUAAGAUUUCAAAAAAACGGAGAGUUAAUUGUUGUGGUUAAAAUCGAAAGAAAAAUCGAAGAAUGUUUAUCAACACCGUCCCCAAAACCGUUAUUUAAGACAAUUCAAGCUGAAAACGAGAAUUUCUUUGUUACAUUUGAAAAAGGGACAGAAAUAAUUGGAAAUUCGUUUCGUAAUUUUUUUGCAAAUGUAGCAACUCCAAAAAAUAUAAAAGAAGCUGCCCUUUUUUUGGGUUUACUAGUGGUCGCUUGCGUAACAGGUUUAUUUGAGGUGAUGAAAUUUUUGAGCGAAUUCUUAAUCAAAUUUAUGUACGCCUGGUCACAUUUUGUAAAAGCCAGUCUUCCAAUUUUGCAAAUAAUACUUAAUUUUAUGGAAAAUAUUUUUAAGGUACUUUGCACGUUAAUCGCUCAUAUGUUUAAACCGCAACAUCAACAACAACCUCAACUACAGGUUGAUCCACGAUAUUCAGCUUAUAGACCUGUACGACCACGAUAUAUUACAUAUAAUCGUCCUUCAUCCAGAUCAGGAGUUACGAUAACUGAGCUUAAUUGA